AUGAGCGCCAAACAGGCGGCGGCCUGCACCGGUUUCAUACCGGGAAUGGUUCGGCCUACCAGGUGCAAGAAGUGUUUCGGAGACAUCAGCGACCACAAACCAAAAGAACCGGUGCUGCGACGGAAAAGCGUCAAAGACGAAGAAGCAAAUGCCUCAAAUGGACCUUCGUCGAGGAGUCGAGGCAACAGUAUCGCCGGCCCUUUCGAAGUGAUCACCAACUCGGAUUCGGGCAACUCGGCGGAUGUGGAGUUCAUUUUGAAAGUUAAGAAUGCGACUGGCAUUCGAAGACAGAGCGAUGAUGCUCGAUCCGUAUCGACUGUGGACACGAUGUGUACCGCUACAACGGACACCACAGAUACGACCCUCCAAUUCCAGGACAGCUAUGAGGACCUCGUAGAUAUGGUCAAUGGUCUGAAGAAACAACUCGAGGCCGCAGAGCAGCGAGCCACGAACCUCGAGAAAGAAAAGUCUGAGCUCUUGCAAAGGAAAACAGCUCCUUCGGCGGACGACAAGAAGAACCUCGAUAAGACAGCGUCCGAAAUGCUUCAGCUCCGCACUAAACUCCAUGAAAUGAUGUCAACCAACGAAGAACUCAAGGACGAUAAUAAGGUCAUGAGCUUGCAAGUGAAGGAGCUGGAAGCUGAACUGGAAACAUUGAAGGACACGAAGCAGAAUUCCAGGGAGGAGCUAGUGUCUUUACGCAGCAAAUUGUCGCAAGCGGAGGCACUGUGCGAGGAAAUUAUGGAGGAGAACGAACGCUACAAGAAAGAAACUCGUGAUCUCGAACAACAAAUCGAAGAGCUGCACGACAACUUCAGAGAAGACCACAACAACGAGUUUCUCGAAGUGAAACGGGAUCUCGACGCGUCGCAGAAGAACUGCCGGGUGCUUCAAUUCAAGCUCCGGAAAGCCGAGAAGCGUGAAGAACAAUUAGAGCUCGAGAAAUCUCAACUGGAAGAGAGCAUCAAAGAGUUAGAGAAGACCACGAGGACUCAUGUGGACAAAACCAAAAUGCGUAAUCUGGAAGAGGAGCUCCGGAUCGCUACAGAACUCAAUAAACGUCUUUCCAAGGAACAGUCGGAGAGACCGAAGAGUCUGGGAGGGGACGAGUAUGAGCGGCUCAGGCGAGACCUACUCGAUAGCAUGGAGCGAGAAACGGACGUGAAGGAACAACUCAAGUAUUCGGAAGAGGAAAAUCGUAACGCUAGGAAGAAGCUAGCGCAGCUGGAACAAGAAAACGAGGUUUUGAUAAUGCAGGUCCAGAAAAUGACGCAAGGCGGCGCAUCCUCAGGGGAUCAUAUGACGACCGAAGAGCUAAAGGUCCAGCUGGAAAUUCAGGAGAAGGAGAUACUCGUCGCUCGUCGACGGAUGGAAGAGCUGGAUCAGAAGAACGAUGCUCUCCAGAAGGAGGUCAAAACUCUCGAAGAGAAGCUCAUCAACAUUCCAACUAUGAAAUUCGAUUUGUCCAAGUUGCCGCCUGGAUCGGACAAGACUUUGUCUGGUCAAAAAGUCAAGUUGCUAGAGAUGGAAGCGAGAGAACUCCGAGCCAAAGUCAUCGAGAAGGAAAGAGACAUCGAGAGAUUGAACGCAGAGCUUCAGGUUCAGAAGAAGAAGGUAUCGAAGCAGAUGAUGGUUCGGAGUCGAUCCCUCGACGGAGAUCUUCAGGGUAAUCCUCAGGUUGAUACGAAGAAAAAACUACAAGUUGUCGAAGAAGAGGCCAUGAUGCUGAAACAAAAAGUCGCCGACCUCGAAGCAGAAAUUGAGCGGAUAACUGAGGAGAAUAAACGACUGCAAAUGCGUGCUUCCCGAAGACCCACUCCGAGUCCAGCCGAUCAACUCCAGCUGGAGAACAGUGAAUUGAAGUCGAAGCUCGAUGAGCUCGAGAAGAAGCUGGCGGAGGUCAAUGCGACUCGCAGAGGCUCCUUGGGGAAACCGCCCAGCGGCUCCGAGAAGGAACAGAUGGAUGCCCUCAAGAGAUCGCUCAAGUCCAAGGAAGACCAAAUCAAAGCUCUAGAAGAGAAAGCUCGACACCUCGAGGGUGAAGUGAACCGUGUCAGUGCAGAGAACAAGAAGCUGGUGGAUUCUUCCGGCUACCAACGGAGACCACCGAGGAUCAUUCGAGAGAUGGCAACUGCGAGAGAACUCCGAGAAAUCAUCAAGGAUCUGGAGGAUGAGAUCGCGGAUCUCCAAAUGAACCUCAGGAGCAGCGAGAUCACCAAAGAUGGCAAAAUAUCGGACCUGAAUAAGGAGCGAGCUCGCUUGCGCGAGGAAUUAGGGAAAAUGGAGGCUCGUCUUCGGAGCGGUACGACAUCGAGUGGCAACGACGACAAACUCCGCUUGCUCACCCAACAAUUAGACACACUGAAUCAAACGGUCAAACAAUUGCAAGCCAAGCUGAAAGAGGCUCAGGUCGAACUUGCCUCCAAAACCAAGGCCAUCGAGAGCUCGCACUUGCUCAACAAGAAAUUGGACCGAGAAGUUCAGCAGCUGAAGGAAGAGCUCGAUGUAGCGCGGAGCUCGCGACCCGGCGGCGAUCGAGACAAAGAGCGACGGAUCAGGGAAGAGUACGAGAAGAAAAUCGAGCGAGCUGUUCAGGAAGCCAAACAAAGUCUCUCCGAAGAGGUCGAAACAUAUCGACGCAAAAUCCAAACGGUCCAAGCGCAGCUCGAUCAACGAGAGGAAGAGCUCAAGAAAGAGGCGGAGAAGAUUCGCAGUAUGACGCAAUCGUUCAGAAAGGAUAAAGACGAUUGGAACACGAAAAUCACGGAUUUGGAGGAAAAACUUAGGUCCGAAGUUCGUCGUCGGGAACGGCUCGAGAGGGAUCAUGAGAAUGAACUCAAAGCGAAAGCAGAAGAAGUCAAUGAUAUCCAGAACAAAGUAUUCUCAAUGGAAAGAGAAUAUCGGCGACUUCAAGGGAAACUAGACGAUGGGGAGCAUGCUUCCAAUCAACAAAUCAAACAAUUAGAGAAAGAUCUCAACAAGAAACAGCAAGAGUUGGAGGAGGCCGUGAAUAAAUACGAACUCUUAGAAGAGGAGCACAUAAACGUGAGGAUGAAGCUCCAGGAGGAGAAGGAGCGCGCCGAAGGCAGCGCUAAACAGAGUCGACGUGAUUACGAACGAGUCAACAUGGAGUUGACGGCUCUUCGCGAAAGUGUCCAAAGUCGGCACGAUGCGCACACCAAGGAGAAGCUCGAAUUCCAGAGCUACAUCCACGAGAUCGAGAUGAAACUCAAGCGCUUCGGGGAAAGCGAGCACGAGAAACAAAAGAUCAAACACGCGCUCAAGGAUCGAGAAGCGCAGCUGGACGAAGUGAGGCGAAGCGAACGGAGCUUACGGGAAGAACGGGAAAGGCUCAAGACUCGGGUCGAUGAGCUGCAAAUGAAGGUCGGAGAGUUGGAGCGCGCCGAGCGUGGUCUUCGCACGCUGCAAGUGGGUAAUUCGCAGGAGAGCAGUGAGCUCAAGGCGAAACUUCAGCAUUCCGGACAUGCGCACAAGGCCGAACUUGCGGCGCUUCGAAGCGAAUACGAGGGCAAACUCGAAAUCAUGGGUGGUGAAGUUGACUCGAUGCAAGGUCAAAUCAUCUCGCUUGCGAGAGAGAGGGACUCGCUCAGGGAGCAGCUCGAAGAGGCGGCGAAGGAGCUGAACCGGCUGAAAUCGAAUGCGGUCCGCGACGAACGCGUCAAGAGCAGGGAAGCUGCGGAAAAUGCUUUCAAGAAGAUGGACGAGCUCCGUUUCCAAUCGCAAGAAGUAAAAAACCAAUUGGACCACACCCUCUCAGAAAACCGCAAAAUGAGAAUACAGAUGGACGCCGACAAAUCCUCUUUUGAGAUCCAGGUCGCCGCGCUGAAAUCCAAAUUGAAUCAGUACGAGGAAGCCAGGCUCCUGGAGACCUCCCGGGGUAGCAACAAGCUUUACGCGAAGACGAGGCUUGAGCUAGCGUGGGACAAAGAACGCCAAGAUCAGCAGAAAGUGCUACACGAUGCUCAGAGAAUUCUGCGCGACUUGAAAGAACGACUCCUGAGAGCGGAACACGAGAGAGAACAACAACGCGAGAUGUUGAACAAACAGAUGCAGAAGCAGAUGAGUGAGCUCAGCGAAGACCAAAUCACCAAGGAGCUUCUCGACCUCCAAGCCGAACUGGACGAGACCAAAGAGAACAUGCAUCGUUUGCGGCAUCAUUACGAGAGGUCUAAACGAGAGCGCGAACGACUGACGCACGAGCGCGAAGAACUCAAAGCGAGGACCCUCUGUAUGAAUGACGUACACUCAGAAACUCAAAGCAUGGCCCAAGACUUCGCUCGAAUCAUGGAAAUGAUGCAAGCCGACACCGAGUCGGCGAAGUCGAGACCAUUGCGACCAAGCAACAAAGAACAAGUUAAGAACGAGCUUGAGAAACUAGUCGGUCGCAUGGAGACCGUCACCAAACUCACCCUCCCCGCCGCUCAGAUAGCUCGGAAUCAAUCGUUCAAAAAAGCUGUGAGUGCCUCGGAUGUCAACCAAGCGCUGCCCGUGAUCAAGGCGCCGCCGAGAACUAAAUCCAAGAAAUGCAUGUCUCUCGGACAAGGAUUUGGUUCGGACCAGAAGAUCUGGGCGGGCUCCGGAGACAGUUUAGCCUCCGGUGUCUCUCUAGCAGGAUCUCAGACGUCCCUACAGAAACACACCGCGGGGUACGAUAGCGAUGCUUCAAUCGUAUCAGCUCCCGCGCGUCAUUACGGCCGAUCGGGAGUGCGUUUCGACUCUGAUAACGAUCUGAGUCAAGUGUCGGACUCCGAGGGACUUCCCGGCCAUAAGGUCGUGAGGAAGAAAACCUUGAAGGAACGGAUUAUGGGCAUGAAAGCGUCAACAUCGAAUCUAGACCUCACUUCUGAUUCUCGAUCGUCCAGAGGGGGGUCAUUGACGCGAACCUCGUCAGGAGAGUCGCCGCGGAGCGCUCUGAAGUAUGCCCCACCGAAACGAACGGACUCAAACAGCUCGUUUUCCGAAACGAGAGUUUAG